AGUAAUUGUUUGACACCAACACUAGAGUAAUUGGAAAAAUCGAAACCGAAAAAUCUUUUGCAAAAAGCUGAAAAAGCCGGAGUUUUCACGACCAAACAAAGAAAAUGGGCGAGCAACCGAUUUUCACCUGCCAGGCUCACGUCUUCCACAUUGACCCGAAAACGAAGCGCACAUGGAUUACGGCAAGUAUGAAAGCGGUCAAUGUGAGCUUCUUUUAUGAUUCGUCCCGCAACCUUUACCGCAUUAUCAGUGUGGAAGGUACUAAAGCCGUAAUUAACUCCACAAUAACACCCAAUAUGACAUUUACGCAAACAUCACAGAAAUUUGGGCAAUGGAGCGAUGUGCGUGCUAAUACGGUUUAUGGUUUAGGAUUCGCUUCGGAAGCCGAAUUGACAAAGUUUGUGGAAAAGUUCCAAGAAGUGAAGGAAGCAACAAAGAAUGCUAUAAAGGCUGCGAAUGGUUCAACUGUAGUUACGCCAACAACGUCUGCUAAUACAUCGCCAAUAUCAUCGCGUAUGCAGCAAAACGAUAACACCGCCAUAGAUCCGCAUACUGUGGAACCACCAAAUAUGUCCAAUACGAAUACACAAAACGCUAACCCGGAUAGUCCAUCGCAUAAACUAUUGCCAGCAGCGGAUGUUAAACAAGAGCUGACUGCAGGUGCCUCUCCAUCACCUGCUCCAACCGCGGUAACAGUCUCCUCAAGCGGCAGUAUUGUAGGCGUACACACUGGCGGAAGUGCUGGUGCUACAGGGGAGCAGCAACUCAAAUACGAGAAUGAACGACUUAAAAUGGCACUAGCACAAAGUUGUGCCAAUGCAAAGAAAUGGGAAAUUGAACUGGCCACUUUGAAAAAUAAUAAUAUACGGCUAACAAGUGCAUUGCAGGAAUCAACCGCCAAUGUGGACGAGUGGAAGCGUCAAUUGCACACAUACAAGGAAGAAAAUAUACGAUUAAAACGUGAUUUGGAAGUGAUUCGUGUCGGCGGUGGUGGUAGUGUUGUUGCCGGUGCUGCUGGUGGUGGAGAAAUUGCCGAAGAUUUACGGCGUGAAAUUGGUUUAUUAAAAGGACGCAUCGAAUCACUAGAGAAUGAACUAAUGAGUCAAGAAAUCGAAUUACAGGCGGCAAAUAUGAGCAUACGCGAUAAAAGUCUUGAUCACAAUCAAAUGGGGAAGUUAAGCGAAUUGAGUGCACUAUUCUCCAAACACUUAACGGAACUAUUUAGUGUACAAAAAGACAUGGAAAAUAUCAUACAUCCAGCUAAAAGCACUUGAGAUAAAGAUAUGGGCUAUUUUAAGAAGGUUUCAGGUGUAGAACAACAAU